AUGCCCGUCUUUUCCAGCCCGAUGGUCAUGCCGAUCCUGACGUCCACUGGUGCUCAUCCGAUGGUCGAUUCCGCCCCGAUGUCUGUUGGUCCCUUUCCGGCAGUCAAACCGAUCUUGCCGCCCAUCGAAGCCAAUCCGCCUCCAAAGUCCACUGGAACGAGUCCAGUGGUGAAGCCGACCGUGAUAUUCACCGGAGCCAAACCGGAAGCCAAACCCUUCAACGACUCAGCCGGUCUAUGUCCGGUAGCCAAGCCAUCCCCGAAGCCCACCGAUCUCCGUUCGGUGACCCAGUCAAACCCGACGUCAUCUAGCACUGUUGCAGUGAACCCGCUGGCCCCAACAAUGAAGAUCAACGAGACAAAUCAAACGAAGAAGCGAAUCCCACCGACAGCCGGAAACCGCCCGGCACGCAAGCGAGUCCUAAGCAGGACAGAUCAACCAACAGAACUUCGUCCGUGGGCAAGACUUACCGUAAAGCCAACCGGAGCCCGUCCGGUCAGCAGAACCCGUCCGAAGAAGCAGUGGAUCGUGGUGGUCCUGAAGUUCGUACAACCACCACUGGAUCCGCCACCGGUCAACGCGACUGGUGCUUACGAACAGCUCCAUUCCGACGCGUGGCCGAGGAAACCACCGGAUGCAAUGCCGAUGCAACGAAGCCGUCUUCGAGCGCGUGUCCCGAACGCGUCCACCCUACGACCCUAUCAGAGAUAA